UUCCCUCUUCACUUAUCCAUUCUUUUUUUACUAAAAAGAAAAAAACUAAUUGGAAAAGAUGAUGAAUGUUUUCGCCAUUUCUCUUGUACUUACCGCACUUGUUACAGCAGGGGUAUUUUCUCCCAAUCCGGAGAAGAAAGAUGAUGUUAUUGUGAAAGAGGGUCAUAGAGUUGUAGUUGUGGAAUAUGAGCCAAAUGAUCAUGGACAAACUAAGGUAUCAAUUUCUCCACCCGAAACAGAGCAUAAAGCAAAAGCAGAGCACGUUUCAGUUUCAGAUAAAAUAUCAGCAAAAGCAGAGGGAGUUGAAGAAAAAAUUGGUGGGUUUCAUGGGCUAAAUGCUAGAGAACUUGUUUGUGAUGCUUAUGGAAAGUGUAAACAUAAGAUAGCAAGUGCACUUGAAGGGACUAAAGAGUCUGUUUCUGAAAAGAUGCAUGAAAUUCAAGAAGAUGCUAAAGAGGGGUUUGAGAAAGUGACUGGUAAAGCCCACGAGGCUACAGAGAAGGCAAAAGAAACUGUUGGGAAGAAAGUGGAUGAAGUGAAACAAGGGGCUAAAGAAACGGCUGAGAAAGUUAAAAUAAAAGCAGUUGACACGACAAAUACACUGAAGCGUCAUUUGCUGAAGAAUGCUUCGGAAGAUCUUGAUUUAAUUGAAGAGAAAGUGAAAGAAGAUGCAGAGUCUCUUAAAGUUGAAGGCAUAAGAGACUAUAAUGUUGGUCGUAGAUUCUUUUCAGAUGUAUCAGCCUACAUCUUCUCAGCCGAGAGCUUUAGAUCUUUGAUGGGAAUCUUUCAUUUGAUGGGAUUUGCAUUGUCUUAUGGGGUUUCAUUUUGGAUGACUUUCGUAUCAAGUAAUGUAAUGGCAAGAGCUUUGCCGAAGCAGCAAUUUGCAAUGGCGCAGAGCAAGAUUUACCCUGCUUAUUUCAAAACUGUGUGUUACGGCAUCGCCUCAGCGUUUUUAGGCCAUAUGUGGAGUCAGAAUCCUCCGUAUUACGCGAACAUUGGAGAGACAAUCCAAGGUCUUAUUUUUGUACUCAUAUUAUCCGCGACUCUGUUCAAUUGUUUCUACUUGGAGCCUCGAGCCAGCAAGGCGAUGAGGGAGAGAAUCAAGCUAGAGAAAGAAGAAGGGAAAGGGAGAGACGUUUUCGAUGUAGAACCAAGCACAUCAAGUGUGGAUGCAUUCAAGGAUCCAACAGGUGUUGAUAUAGGCAAAACAACAACUCAUGAACCUCUUGAGAACCAACGAGAGUUGUCGCAGCAAACAGCAAAACUAAAACCAGAAGUUGAAAGAUUAAGUUUGAGGCUAAAGAAGUUGAAUGUAAUCUCAUCAGUACUCAAUAUAUUCACACUAAUGGGUCUCUCUUAUCACCUUGUUUAUCUUAGCCAACUCCUGCAUUCCAACCGUUAAAUUUGUAAUUAUACGCAUGUAAAGUCAUACUUCUAUGUUCUAUUAAAUUUUUUUUGUGUGUGUUUAUUACUGUUCCA